AAAAGCUAAUAUAGCAAAAAUAGACAUCUAUAUGAGGAAUCAAUUAAAAUCCUUUAUGCUAAAACUACUUGUAGACUGAUACUUCGUUGGUAAGAUGAAUUUAGCGAACCUCACCUUUGACAGGUUUUUCCGAGAAUUAAAAAAAUUCCAUAUAGACAAAUAGAAAUAGAAAAAAGUAAUUCAGGCCUUAAGCACAAAGACCCUUUAUACGCAGAUGUGGCAUCCGUCAACUCAUUCAUUUAUUUCCGCAUAUACGUUUCCGUACUUUAGAGAAAAACUAGCCUCGUAAGGGCAAUAUGGGACCUAAUUUUGACCGUUUCUGUCGUAUCUGCGUACAAAACAACCUGCAGCAUCAGAUCUCUAUAUAGAUGCUCGAUUGUAUGACAUUUGUGAAAUGACGGUUCUAUAUUUUGUCCCUUUCGUACGUCCGUACAUGCGUGAGUUAUGACAUAUGUCGAUUGAUUGCACUGAAUUAUCGCUUAAACGACACCUGUGGUGUAUCACAUCGUUACCGUUACCAAUCCAUUGUUGAAGAGAAAUAUGGGAGCGCACCUUUUUCAGUUUUUGAUUUUAUUAUUGUUGUUAUGGUGGGGGCUGUGGUUUUAUUUUGUUGUUCGUAAAGACGCUAGCAACAACGUAUCUCGAUUCAUCAAUCCGCGAGUAGCUCUUUUCGUCAGCUGCAGCAAUAUCGAUUCAGCCGUUGUCGGAUAUGAUGGACAAGUGUCAGUAGAUACAAGUUUUCUUAAAGCUUUUACCGGGUUCCUUGUUGUUCUUUGUGUUCCUAUUGUGUUUGUUUCUGCUCCACGCUUGAGGGUUGGUUCUCUUUAACUUGUCUUUUUUUUCGCAUGGGCUUAUCUUCCUAUCGUCCAUGCUCCCCUCUAUACCCCACUUUUCUUCGAAAGUAACAGCAGAAGUCGCAGCAGCAACAACAGCAGCAGCAACAACAGCAGCAGCAGUUAUACGAAAUACCAAAUCGAAAACGACCCGCACACUGACCGUUUCUAAGAUUAGCCAUCGCAUCGCCUUGCGUUCUACAGACGUCGUCGAUAGCAAUUCCUAGCCUUCCAUGAUAUCAUAUCGUGUGCAGACGACAAUUGUAGCAGCAACAAUCGGCAAUUUGAAUUAGGCGCCAAUAUUUUUUACUGCCUGUUCUUUUUUCUACUGGUUCUCGUUUCUCUGAUUUUCCGUCGCCCUCCGAUUUUUUCCCAUUAGAAAACGGGGCUAAAAUAACAAUAAAUACUACACAGAAAUAUGACCAAGUAUAAAAUAAGGACCUUUUCAUCCAUCAUCAUUACGACCACGACCAGGCUAAAGUAUUACCUCCGUAGUCAACUAGCAACCAGCCAUUGAUGCCCUCGUAGUAAUAGCUUCUAAUAUCUGUGGUCACCGACCAUUUGAAAUACCUAUGAUUUGACCGUUCGUUAACAAAGCCGACCGUACAGGCAUCUGCAGAGUCAGCAGGGUCUUAGCAGAGAUGAUAGUGCUGCUCGUUCUGCAGUCGGCAGCGGAACCUCUUGUACAGCUUAGCUCACUGCGCAUUCUGGCCCGUGCGUUUUUUUUUUCGUCGCUGACCUGAUCUUUUAACAAACCAACCACUCGGAUCAUCGACGUCGUUGCUGCUGUGAUUCCGGCUCUAAGCGUAACUGUGUUGUUGCUUCCGUCGCUGGCCAUAGUAGUCACGAUUUUUGUCACUCCUUGUUUUACAGGUGCUUACUCAACAGCUCUCACAACGAUCGAACUUACUCCUACAGCUGUGUUGAUGUCAGAAUCGGUGUCACCUACAAUGAUGAAAGAACGGACCAUGGGGUUCUCGUCACCCCACACUACAUAAGCAUAGGUGUCAUUGGGGCGCAUUGUUCAACGACUGCAAUCGUAGCAAUAUUAGCACCGACAGCAACAACAAUCACGUCCCCUAUAGAAAUAGUAAAAAUCCUGAUCCCGAACGGCCAGGGUUGCGUCCGGUUUUCACAGGCGAAAAAGCAGAUAACCAAAAUCAACGAUGUUUUCACAGUUAACUACGCUAAAUUACCUUUUCCGUGUUAAACGUCUGCGGGAGGCAAACAACUGACAGGCUUAUUUAGCGUAAUUCCAUUUAGCCUAUUGUUGCCGUUUUAGUAACAUAUUAAGGAAGGAUUUUGUGCUCCGAGACUCAGCCUUUGAAAGGCAGCUACGACCUUCGGCACAGCUGUAUUUAGAUCUUUAGUGUUACCUUUUCUCAAACAAUUUUACCCGGUAUUUUGUUUUAUCUAUUAGUUCACGUUCCGUUGACCGUUUUUCUUCUAAGUUGCUAUUUCGCGUUCUAGCACUUAUAGUCGCUAGAUAUCUAACGGCGACAGUUACAUCCGCUGCUGCCGUCGACAGGAUCUUAAGAGCUAAUCAGUUGUUAAAUAUGAGGCGACUCUACGCUGCGAAAAAUAGACGAAAUGUCUUAGUUCUUGAAUACCCCCCUUCCGUCCCCCUCCAAUCCGAUAUUGUAUAUGUGAUAGCCUGCUACAUAAUAGGCCAUCAGAAUGUCUCGGUUCAUUGUUGAAAAUCAUCAAAGUUUCCACCAAGUACUUCGUUUGUUGUCAGCUGUUCAUCAUCUGUGAAAAUCACUGAAUGGUGGUGCCGUGGCGUCGCAAUUGGUCAGGGUCGUAACUUUGAUCAAGUGCUUCUGGCCCUUCCUUAACAUAUUCAUCUAUCGACAAACAUAAAGAAAGAAAACGCUACGAUUACGAGCAAGGGCGAAGGGUACUCAGGUGACAGGUAUUAACAUAGUCAAUCAGCUUUAGCGGGAAGUGAUUCGUUACUUUUUGUUUGGUAGAGUAAAUUGGGACGAUCCAGCAGGCGACGAACUGGUUUUCCGGAAACUAUGUAUACCACACAGGUCCUUGGUGUUAAUUGUAGUGGCGAUCGAAUAAGGUCGAACGUGCGCCGUCGUACCUAAUCUACCCGGCGCAUCUGUCCUAUUGUGAGCCGCUUUGUUCACAGGUCAACAAUGAAAAUCUAUCACAGUGAUUCACGGACCUUGAAUUGUUAUUUUGAAACAUGGAUAUUGUCUCUAAUGUACACAUAUUCGCUUGCCUCUGAGAAAAGUCUUCAUCAAAUCGUUGCUCGUAUAAAACCUAACACAGUAUUAGUAUAAAACAUUGCAAAGUGGGUAAUUUUUUGCACCCUGACAUUGUUAUCGUUCACGAGAAUAUCGACACCGGGCUGAUAUUCUUAUGUUGAUUACGUGGCACCAAAUGAUUUUCCCGUGACAGCCGACAGUGAAAAUAGCCAGGAGAGUGAAUAGGUGAAAUUGAGGGUAUUGUGUUUUGUAGUAGGGAACGAACGACUGGGGCUGUUUUAUUAUAUUGAAAACAAGUCGCUAUUUUUGACGACCGAUACAAUCAUUCAAUUUGAGCAUCGUUUUUACGGUCAGGACGCUAACAUUGGAUAAUGCUGCUACACCGCUAACAAGUGCAAGUCGUAGAUGCCUACCUUAGCCAGCCUCUUUCAUUUAGAUGGCUGGGCUUGACGGGAUAAGAAAAAAUACGUCUGCUAGUGACAAAAAUAACUAUGAAAUUGAUCGAGCAUUUAGAUUAUGUAAAAUGUUUGUGUUGACUUUCUCACCAAUGGUCAUUGUUUUGUAUGAAACGAUCGAUCGUAAUGUGUCAAUCGAUGGAAUAUAUUCAUUUCAUAAUGGCUAUCAUUGAUUCUGUACAAGCCGAAUGUGAGAGAAGGCUUCCCGCUAGACAUCUGAGAAAGAAACACCAAGAGCCGGCUGGGCAAGGAGUACUAGAAGAAGCUGAGUGAGAAAGAAAGGACAGAAAAUUGGAUGUGAUUGAUGUCCUUGGAUUGGCUCGACGUCAUCAGUUUUUUCUCGCAAUUGAAUUGGAUAGAACUGUACCGUACCGAGCACUUCGUGGUGGCAGUCGCAGAGAAAACCCCUUAGCCAAUUGACUCCACGCACAGGAUACAGGAGAACAAUCAUACCAACUUGUUCUGCCCGUGGGCAGGUUCUCAGGAGCAGGUUAUCGCAGACGCAUCUAGGUCUUCUGGCUGAAUUCGCUGUCGCCGGUGUUUAUCAUUGCCAGUUGUCUGUCAGGCGGCGUUUCGCGGUGGUGGCAGUUCGCGGUAACUGCGGCGACCAAAUAUCGUCGCGUUAGGCAGAAAUGCGAUGAUGACGUCAAACGUUAAGUCUAUCUUGCUUGGCCGACACCGCAAAUACAAUGUCGCCCGUAACACCAUUAGGAGUCUGCAGCGGCAGUACGACACACCAACGCUCGCCACUUCGUCCACCCCGGCGGACGCGUGGGUGAGCGUACACAAUGUAAAGUCGUAUAAGGACGAUGCCAUCCUCGAUCAAGAUGAUCUCGUUGGCGAUGUUUGCGACGAUCGGGAAAAUCUAAUAGCUUUGUUCGCCGAGCAGGGCUCCUCGGGAAGUUCAGUUAGCCCGGUCGCGCAUCAGACUGGCGACUGCACGAGUGCAAGUUCUGCUGGUACCGAAAGCCCUGAUCUUUUCAUCGAAAAUCACCAGAGUAACAACAAUAAUAAUGGAAAUGUGACUACUGCAAAUGCCGCUGUAGAUGAAAAACUGUCACUCGGAACGUCUUCGCUCCAUGUUCGGCGCGGUAGCGAGCCGGCGUUGAGUCUUGGCACUCCCGGAGGCCCACUUGGGCCCUCCGGCUGCGAGGGACAUGGCGUGGCUUCUCUUGAGAAUCACGGCAAGAGAUGGUCCGCGGCUGUCGUCCCCGAAGAAGCUCUCAGCAGCAAUAACAACAACAAUCCUGGCCACGGCAACUUAAACCCUCAAAAUCAAAACCGUCUCGACAACAAUGUUAAGAAUAGCAGCAAUCAGCCUUACAACAAUAAUAACAUUAGUCUUGUGAAAGCAACAACAACGACGACGACAACGACGACGACAACAGCAGCAGCAGCAGUAGCAACGAGAAAUAAUACGUUCGUUAUGGAUACGGCCGGAAUCAAUAACAACGACAAUAAGGUCUUUAUUGAAUCACCGUCUACGAAUUUGAUGGCUCUCAGUAGCACCAACAGAUACAACAGGAGGCGCAGUCAAAGUUUGCAUAGGGACACAAUGGGUCGAACAGAUGAUUCAGAGGAUGACGAUCGUAUAUUCCGAAGGACGACUGGUAACUUUAACCGUAACGCUAACCGAAGGUCAAUGUUGGCCAGCGCCUAUGAAUGGUACGAGGCAGCUGACCGGACACUCGCCACCAUGGAAUCCACACAAGGUUGGAGCAACGAUGCUUACCGAAACCGAGAGGCUGUUGUGGUCCUUCCUAGCGAGAAUGGGCCGUUAGGCAUUCACGUUGUGCCCGAGCAAACCAAUCCAGGACUCCAAGGGCUAGGCCUGGUAGUUCAGAACAUCGAGCCGGGAGGUCGUGUCGAUCGCGACGGCCGUUUGCAGGUGGGCGACCGUAUCGUUGAAGUAAACGGUAAAAGUCUUUUGAAACUGUCAUUCCAAGACGCACAAGACGUAUUCCGGUCAACAUUGGACGACCCCCAGAUUGUAAUUAAGGUGUCGGGCAAGAGCUUGUCCUUGCCAACGUCGCCCGUAACUAAAGUCCCACCUGCCAUUCCUCCAGAGACAUCCCAGACCACCCGGCGCGAUGGCGCUACACCUGAGCGAACGGACAGCUCACUUGAGAGUACUUCAACACCUAAAAAGGAAAUGCCAAUAGGCGUUACUCCAGGACGAGUGGCUGCGUUGAACGCUGCCAACACGCGCAAGAUCGGCAAAAAGGUGAACAUCGAACUUACUAAGGGGGAAGAUAGCCUCGGCUUUAGCCUAACGACGAGAGAUAAUCUUUCCGCUGGUUUGGCGCCUAUCUACAUCAAAAAUAUUCUGCCUCGGGGAGCUGCUAUUCAGGAUGGCCGGCUGCGGUCAGGUGAUCGUCUUCUAGAAGUUAACGGCAUUGAGGUAACUGGCAAAAGUCAACCGGAGGUUGUGGCCAUGCUCAGGGCUAUCCCCACAGGUAGCAGCGUCCACCUUGUCGUGUCGCGACAGGAAUGUCUCGAGCAAAACCUGCCCAGGGAAAUCCCUCCGGAGAAAGCUGACGCUCCUCCAGAUGAGGUGGGCAUUUACCCGUGGAAGGAGAGACACAUCGUUAUGUUGGACAUUUCGCCAACGGACACAGGCUCUGCUGGUCUGGGAAUUUCUGUCAAGGGCAAGACCUCAACAAAUGAAGGUGGACAAUCGCAAGACAUGGGCCUGUUUAUUAAAUCCGUAAUACAUGGUGGAGCCGCCUCGAAGGACGGUCGCCUUAAACCUAAUGAUCAACUCCUGAAAAUCAACGGUGAAAGCCUCUUGGGUAAGACGAAUUCCGAGGCAAUGGAUACCCUUCGGCAUUCUAUGUUCAAAAUGGAUGGUCCCUAUAUUCGAUUGACAAUUGCGCGGCGUCUGCCAAGCGCUGAUUCCGAAGAAAACUUGAAAUUUGAAGAGGGAUUCCUUUCAACGAGUUCUGGCUCUAGUUCGAUGACUGAUUCCAAAGAAAACGUCAGUCAGACUGCGACAUAUGGAGCGCCGUCACCAUACCCGCCAAAUUCAACUUCAAGUGGAUUCAUUAACGGAACCGUGACCCCUCCACAGGAUCGCGAUCGGCGAAACGAGUCUGUAUAUGGUUCGAUCAGCAAACGUAAUCCGGUUAUUGAAAAGCUAAUGGGCUCACCUGGUCAGCUGGACGUGUCGUCGGUCCUAGAUAGUCAAGGAAGUCCACUGGGAAGUACGGUCGGUGUUGGAUUACAGCAGAUGAUUUACGGCCGGAGCAAUGUACGACCUACACCGGUCAGUGGCAGCCCUCCGACGCUAACACCCCAAAGCUCAGCGGGAGCACUCGAGAAGAACGGGGUUUUGCUCAACGAGGACUAUGCCGCUAGCGUCCGAACUCCAAACGGAAGGGAUGCCGCAGAUGAGACCUCCUCGGACCAGCUUAAUACUAGCGACAUGUCGUUGGCGAUUGAUGGUGCCUUCUCUCGAGACGGUUUCGGGCGACAGUCAAUGUCGGAAAAAAGGCACGCCCACCUCGAUGCCAAGAACACUGACACCUAUAGACGCAACAAAGAAACUCGCGAGCAGAGACUGCGUCAGUCGGGACAGACACAGGAUAAUAGUCUAACGGGUCAUCGCCUUCAACAGUCUCGAAGCGGAGGGGAUCUUAGACAGCGAUCCAUGUCACAAGAUGCAGGAGGUUACCGGGAGGCGAGUAUAUAUCGUAGCAACUCUGCGGACUCGAUAACCGCUGCGGCCAGCCAGCUGCAUCUGCAUCAAGCCCACAGUUCUGCGCAUGGUCACGUGGUCAUCGGUCCUACCAGCGGCAAUUUCCCAUUGACGCCGCAACAGCAGCAACAUGGUGGUUAUUCUGGUCACAACAAAGAGAACAAGAAGCCCAGUCCCGAGUUCGAUCACCGGCCGCUGCCUUUGGUCCCGCGUACCCCGGCAAUGUUUCCAGUGCAGAUGUUCUAUCAGACAUGUUGCACUUCUAAGAAGUACCAGCCCAUUUCACCGACGGCCUGUCCUUACCAUACAGCAAUGGCCAAUGGAGAAUCGCCCGGAACCGAAUCCUCGACGAUGUCACAUGACAACAAUAGUUCGGGAAUGGUUCGACCAUCGCUUCGGUGUUUGCCCCUGUCGAUGCAGAGAAGCUCAAGUCUUGAAAGUCUUAGCGCACAACAACAACAACAACAUCCUAACAGCAGCGGCAAUCAACAACCCCACAAGCGAGGCAAUCCCAGUUUUCGACAGGCUGUUGAUAAAAACGUGCCGCCAUCUUUACCACAGACGGUGGGACAAACACCAUGGGACGGAGUGACUCCACCCACGAAAAGCUUCAAACGUGUACAAAGAGUGGAUGAGGAUCUGUCUCCUGAUGCGGUGCACACACCGUUACGGGGGGUCAUACCACUUGAUUCGUUUUCGCCGCUGUCUCCUGAUGAGAAACCCCGCAAGAAAGGCUUCUUCAGAGGAAUGUUCAGAUUCGGUAAGAACAGAAAAACUAUUCCCGAGCCCGGCUGCAAUAAACACUCGAUGGAGGCCGAAAGAAGGCGUAUCUUCCUUGAAGACCAAAAGAGAACGAGACAAGGCGGGCAUUUUGUAGGACCAGGAGCUCCAACCGGGUCGCAAACACCGCUCGGACACGGGGUGGCACUUCCAGCUCCGCGCUCGCAGCAUACAUUUCAAUGGGAAAGAACACAGGUGGCAGCAACGCGGCUUCAGGUGUCCUCACCAAGCUCAUCGGGUAGGCUCACGUCUGGAGACUAUGCAUCUUCGCCAAAUCAAAACGGUCUUCCGCUGGUAAGUCACUCAAGUGGGGCCAACGGUCAUCCUCAGGGAAGCUAUAGAAGUCAAAGGCUGCCACCGCCUCUUGAGGAGUGGUACAACGGUAGGCGAUUACAGCAGCAACAGCAGCAACAAAUGCACUACGACCCUUAUGGCGCCCAACAAGCUCAACCCAACGGAAGACCGCUUCCUCCGAUCCCUAGCAGAUAUGCUGGACCCAUAUCACAAUUCCAAGCGAUACCGCCUCAUAGCGGUGGACCGCUGAUCCUCCAUAAGGGAUCGCAGUUUUGCGCCGACGACAUUGGCCAUUUUAGCCGAAGCAUCAGCUUGCGCAGCAACCGGUCAUCGCACUCACAUCUCGACUAUGGUAUUGUGACUCGCGGUAUGAAGCAGUAUACAGUAUUUCGAGAGAUCGAGCGACCGGGCUCGCGGGUUGGGGUCGCGGUGGAUGGUUCGUCAACGUCCGGCCACGUAACUCCGGGUCAAAACGUUUUCCCUCAUUACGCUAACGUUGGACAUCUUCAACAACCACAACAAACGAGCGUUCAUCAUCAUCAUCAUCAUCAGCGACAGUCUAGCGAACCUGCGCCGCAUGUGAAACCCCGUCCUUCGUCAAAUUAUUGUGACAAAGUAGAUAGUGGAGCUGGUGGACGAAGUGGAGCUUUUGCGUCAGCUGCACAAGCACAAUCAUCUCAUCCGCCGGCAUUAGCCCAGAGCUGCAAUCCUGCUCAUGUUUACGCAACAAUGGCCCGGCCCACAGCUGCGCCGCGAACUUCAAUGACAAAGAUACCAUCAGGCUCCAAGGUGUAGAAAGAGUCUCUUCAUUUUGACCAGUAGACUAUGAGACCGAUUUAUAUAAAGUCGGUUCUUCGCCGUAUGCCUAUUGGGACAAUCUCUACAAUACUGAUAAUCGUAACCAAGGCGUUUCGAAGGCUCUAGAAUAGGCCACUGAUGUCACUGAACAUGCGUUCAUUCAGGCACAAACGGCCCUUUGUUUGAUACUAUGGCUUGAUUUAAUUAUGAAGUUAGAAAACAGAAAUCUGUAAAAAAAAAAAAAAGGAACGGUUCGCCAGAGUAAAGUGCGGAUGCGAUGUCGUAACGAGCUGUGAUCUCAGACUGUGUGUGUAUGUAUGUAUGUGUGUAUGUGUGUGUUUGUGUAUGUGCAUGCUGAUAGGCUGCUAGUGCAUCUGUCGAACGAAUUUUGGUUAUCGAAACCGAAGACGGACUUGAAGUUGAAAUACACGGAUACUUACUUAUGUUACAGAGAAUUGUUAACUAAGAACUGAAAAAGUGUCCCGCACACGAGGAUGAAUCGAGAAGCUGCAGGAAUUUCUAGUGAUACCAUGCUUCACAGCUGUAUAUAGACAAAAAGAAACGCUUAAGAUAGUCUCACCGUUAUAGGGAACACAUACUUAUGGAGGCGACAGUGAGAGUACGGGCAGUCUGUACAGUCGCAUGUAUCUCCGUGUCUCAUUCUAUAAGUAGUGCCUAAUACUUAGUCGAUCGUACUGACGAUUAUGAUAAUAACAAUAAUACUACAAGCAAGUAGAUAUGGAAGCACAAUUCAAACAAAGAUUUAGUGAAGUUUACGACCUCAAUGAAUGGCUCCACGGCAACAAUUGAAUGUUUGUUACACACGCAGACGUCUGUAUGUAUAUACCAAAGCAAACAAAAUAGAUUGACACUGGGCCGUGCUUCAAGCCUGCAGACGUGUCCACAACGAUGACCGUUGGCCUGGUUGGUUACGAGUGAUCUGCACCCGAGUCCUGAUUUACAUGCCACUAAUUUAGUCAGAAGAUCGAUUAUUGAAUUUUAGGGCAGCAGCAGCAGCAGCAGCAGCAACAACAACAACAACGACAUGGAACGGUCAUUAUUCUAUCUUUUGCCCUCUUCGUUCCUUCUUAGCGGAAGUGUGUUUAUAUAUUUAUUGUAAUGUUUAAGCUUCCUGUUCUUCGAAAUCACUGCUGUCGUCAUUUGAAUCACCUCAAACUACUCAUUACGUCGAAUAUCGCUAGCUGAUCAGGUGUCGUCAGAAUCUGCUUAAACGCUGUUUACGUACGAUGCGUCGUGAUGGUGGUGAGCGUGUCACUUUAAUGAUGACUUGAAUGGACCGAUUGGAUGAAUCUGUGUUCGUCGCUCACGUAUUGCCGACAAGAUAUUUGAGAAAAUGGGACACACUUAGUAAGCUGACGUCGCGUAGAUAGAUCGAUUAUAAAACGAUCAUUAAGAAGAGUAGGGGCUUCGCAAUGUUCAAAUAACGGACACUACACACAAUGUAGAGGUACGAGGUGGAAUGGAGAAGGUCUGAAGCGACUGACAUAUUGUAUGAAUAGAUUAAGAUGGUAAAUAACAACAAUCUACGCUGUAUCUAGUUACCAUAGCCAAUCAUCACCGAAAGGUCGAUGACACGAAACAGCAGCGAGAGUAACCGCGCUUGGUGCACCUGUCUGUAGAUAUUUCGUUAUCCAGUGAAAUGCGACCUACGCAAGAUCCUGUAAAAAGAAGUGUAACUUUGUGGGACGGUGAAUUAUCUAAGAAUAAAUGCAAUCUCAAUAAAAAUCGCGUGCAUAUAGUCUUCACCUAUA